UGUAUCUUUCAAUUCAAAGUUCCGUUCCGUUAUCUUCAAUUGUGUGCGUGCUAUCCUGAUGGGCGAAACCUCAAAAGUUCAAUUUACCUAGGAACAUUAUACAGUUUUGCGUACAAUUCAAACACAAUCUUGCUUCAAUUCUUACUGCAAAAGUUUUCCACCUAGUUCAGCUCAGGCUCAUAUUAUCACAAUGUCGAUUGAAAGUGAACUUCAAGAUCCUUUGAUAGAAGAAGUGAAAGUUCCAAGACCGCAAUCUGGAUCCGACAAGCCGGAUAAAACAAGUACGAAGAAAAGAAAGCGAGGAGCAAAUCAUGAUCAAGAGGUGCUCAAGCAAAAAGUCAACGUAGCAGGCAAAAAAAGGAAACACAAUUCUUUCGAUGACGAGGAUGUUGAUGUCGAAGCUGGUCUCAACAAUGCUAUCGCAAAAAUGAAUGACCAUUUAUUGGUUGAUUAUGUUGCGAGCCAGACGAGGAGAUACGAAAGUGAUCUCAGUUCUGUGGAAUUAGAAGAUCGAUAUUUGCCAGGUUAGUAAAACCUGCUCCUACUCCUCGACACUCAUGAAGCUAGCUAAUGUAUCGCACUUUAAAUAGUAUCCGCUGUUCGGGAUACUACAUCAUGGACGAAGCCGCGAAAUCUUGAUAACCUGCCUGAAUUCUUGGAGAAGUUUUCUGGUAAUCCAACAAAACUUUGGUCUGCAUCGAAAAAGAAUGGAUCACCACACACAAUCAUUGUCACUGCCGCCGGCCUCAGGGCAGCCGACGUCGCUAGGUAUGACCCUGCUGCUUUGCUUCACUAUUGGAAUCAACAUCGAUAGCAUAUAAGCCCUCAUCUGACAAUCACAUAGAGCUGUACGAAAGUUUCAGACCAAAGACGUUAAAGUUGCAAAGUUGUUCGCGAAACACAUCAAGCUUAAGGAUUCCAUUGGAUUUCUCAAAUCUUCAAGGACGGGAAUCGCUGUCGGUACGCCUCAAAGAUUGAAAGACUUGAUGGAUGAGGGUUCACUUGCGGUGGAUAGGUUGGAGAGAAUCGUCAUCGAUGCCUCACAUAUCGAUCAAAAAAAGAGGGGUAUUCUUGAAAUGAAAGAGACGCUGAUUCCUUUAACAACUUGGCUGGGCCAGGAACCUUUCAGAGACAGAUAUGAAAGUGCUACGGAUAAGUUGCAAGUUUUGUUUUAUUGACUGCAAUCGUCGAACCUUAGCAAGCAAACUUAGCUAUAGAGCUCUUAAUGUAAGAUCAUAAUCAUAGUCAUGGGA